CCCUAUAAAAAUGGCGGACCUCCUCGGUUCGAUUUUAGGAUCGAUGGAAAAACCGCCCAGUUCAAGUGAUGCAGAACGGAAAAAAGCCCAAGAAGCGAAGGCCAAACAGGAGAGGAUGAUAGAGUAUCAGAAAGACCGACUCAGCACUUUCAAACUAAAGGUUCAGAAGCAACUAAAUGAAUUCAUGAAGGAUCCAACCCAGGAAAAAUACAGAUUUCAGCCAAUGGAUAAAACAUGCAGGGCAUUGGUACAUGAAAUGGCUGAAGUUGCAGGACUGGCAUCUUUCUCUUUUGGACAAGAUGAAAUUGACAGAUAUGUCAUGCUGUGGAAAAAAGAGUAUGCUCCUACAGAUGAUGAGUUGCUUUCCUACAGGCGUGGGGAGGAGUGGACGCCAGAAAAAGCCAAAGAAAUUGCAGAGGAAAGAGAAAGAGACAAAUUACAAGAGGAGGAAAAUAUGCGUCAGAAACCUAAGACAAAAGUUGUCCCCGUUUCUAAUUAUAAAGAUAAAUAUGAACACUUGAUAGGGAAGGUUGCUGCAAAGGAUGCAGCAAAGCUAGCAAUGGCUAAUAAACAGUAUGGAUUUGUGUCGAGUGAAAAUAAACGAGACCGUCGAACAAUAGAGCAAGUAAUGGCCGACAAUAAAGCCAAGAGACAAAAAGUGGAUGGGCCAGAAGAAUUGACUGAUCAAACAGGAGCAUCUGCUGGGUCAGAGCUUCAGUAAUGAGAUUCGACCACAGAAACUGCUGUUCAAUCUUAUGAGUUACAGCCUUUCUUCAUGGAACACAAAUUGGUGUCUGUGUGGCAGAGAUGAUGCCAGUAGCUUUUGGCAGAUUCCUCCAGAAAGGAUCAGGGCCCGGGGAGAGUGAUCGCUACUGGGGACCUUUUGAUUCGUGCUGGGGACAGCUUAGCCCAUUAUACAGGGUGGUCCCAAAAAAACGCACAAGUAUACUUCCACUACUCAGAGCCCAAAACCACUGGUAUGAAUGGAUAAUGAAUCUUUCUAGAAGAAAAUACAACCAAGAAGACUCAAUACGGUUCAGUAGCUUUACCGUCACAGCCAUUUUUGUGAAGCAAGGUCGAACAAUCAAGAGCAUACACAACAGCGUCGCCUUGUAACUGACAAAAGGUUAUCCUGUGCCGGGAUCCUGUGGAAAGGUCAAACAAAAAUGAAGUACAGACCAAUGUCAUAAAUGAAAAUCAAACUUUAUUUUUAAACUUAACAACUUAUCAUCUUAUGGCACAGCUAGGCUACUAGUAAUCCAUUUGGCAUCAGUCCCAAUUUACAUCACCAAUUGUGUCUCAAAGCUCAGUUUGUAAUGCGUCCUUCAACAUGUCCUCCUCCUUGUUGAGGCCGACAUGAUAUGGAGACUUAGUUUCACUGAGAAACUUAACUUUGUAGGAGAGAAGAAAAACAAGAACAACUUCUUUCGUGUGACGACGUUCGGAGAAGGCGCGUAAUCUUUUUCCACCCUCCUUUAUUAGUAGUACAGGAGGGUUUGAUACAUGACCUUAGUACAGAUGGCAGCACGUUACGGUGCAAUUGAUGGUAUUUAAAGGGACAGUAUAGACAGAUGAAGUUUACAUUCCAACACCCCCACUUAAACUUUAUGAUGUAAAGCAACCAUGAGAUUGAGAGUCUAUACACACGAUAAACAAUAAACUUGCAAACCCUACACACGAUAAACAAGAAACUUGCAAACCCUACAAGUUGCCAUAGAUGAGAGUCAAAUAAGAAAAUGCCUGAAUAAGAAAAACAAUUACCAGACACAAUGCCACAGUAGCCAUAAGUUGUGUGACUUUUAGAAUCCUGAGAUAGCCUUGACAAACUUCUGUAACUUAUACCUUGAAACUGGCUUUGUGAACAUGUCAGCAACAUUGUCUUCUGAUGGAAUAUAGACAAGUUGUAGCAA